GACAGGAAAUUUGUAGGCCACUGUGCGUGGGCUUAUCAGCGAGAUUAGUGCGGCUAGAGAGUGUCAAAGUGCGUCAGAUAAGUUAGCAGUGCCAAGAUUGUAGCUCUAUCACCACCUAGCAAUGGGUUUUAACAAGGAAAUUCCUUUCGACGAGGCUUGGCUCAAGAAAGUAUCCAUCGACCUUCGCCAGCUGGACGCAGUUCUCCACCACCUUAUCAGCCCCCACAAAGUUACCGGACAAAACAGGAUAGUAUGGGCCAUAAAAGCGCUGACGCUGACCGACUUAACUACCUUGGCUGGUGACGAUACUGCAGCUAACGUAUCCCGACUGUGCCAGAGAGCGGCGUUCCCAUUCCCGGUAGACUGCCUUGCAGACUUGGAUCCAAAAACGCAGGAGAAAAUUCACACGGCGGCAGUUUGUGUGUAUCCAUCCCGCGUUGGUGACGCUUAUCGAGCUCUCUCGGCUAUUGGCAAGGAAAAAGUAGUUCCAAUUGCAGCAGUGGCCACUGGAUUCCCGACUGGACAGUAUUCCUUGGAGAGUCGCCUGAAGGAGAUUGAAUUCGCUAUAAGCCAAGGUGCAUCCGAAAUUGAUAUUGUGAUCGACAGGAGUCUGGCACUGCAAGGACGCUGGAACGAUGUGUAUAACGAAAUUGUACAAAUGCGACGUGUCUGUGGGACUAGAGCUCAUCUGAAAGCGAUCCUGGCAAUUGGUGAACUUGGAACUAUGGAAAACGUCUACAAAGCAUCAAUGGUAGCGAUGAUGGCUGGCUCAGAUUUCAUCAAAACUUCAACAGGAAAAGAAGGAGUCAACGCUACACUUCAAGUUGGUCUUGUUAUGAUUCAUGCCAUCCAAGACUUCUACCGAAGGACAGGAUACAAAAUUGGCUUGAAACCCGCUGGAGGAGUGCGAACUGUAAACGACGCGAUUGCAUGGCUCACUCUUAUCAAGGAAACACUAGGACCAGAAUGGCUUCAACCGGAACUAUUUCGAUUCGGUGCAUCAGGACUUCUCGACGAUAUCGAAAAAGUUGUAAAGAGUUCACUCUGCUGAAUGGGUUCAAAAAGAAAUUAAAUUUAUUUUCAUCGUA